CAAAACACUAUAAUAAACUUAAUGUUUCGGUGCCAUCGAUGGCCACAACAACAACAACAACACUGACCAGAAUGGCCUACGAGCCGGACGACGACGACCUACGAGAUGUCGUCGGCGGCGGCGGCGGUGAUAAUGACCGCAAAAGACGGCGCCGACUGAAAAGUCGACAGAAAAAGUCCUGUAAUUCCCAGAUAUGUUGCGCUUAUCUGAUGAGUAUUUUGGCCGUAACUUUGAUUAUCGGCGGAAUGUAUUUGUCGUAUAUUCAUUGGACCAAAGGUUGGCUACUGAUAUCGGCCAUCGGUAUUGUUGUGAAUCUGAUGGGCUCAUGUAUGUACUACAGUGGUACUAAUCAACUGUAUUACCAACACCAUCGCCAUCAACAGCAAACUAGCGGUGCCGGUGGUGGUAGUGGUGGUCGUAGCGAACAUAUCUAUGAAAACCGAACCAAUCGUAGUAGACAUCGCCGCCGAUACCGAUCGCGUGGUCUCAGUACUGAUCAGCUGAUGCCGUCGGCGCCGCCACUGAAUCAGAGUCGAUCGGUUAGCCAAUUGUCGUUGAAUAUGAUUCCCCAAUACUUUUGUUCGGCCGCAGCCACUACCGCAGCCGCCGCCCACUCUGACACAGAGUCUACUGUCAUAUCAAUGGCCACACAAUCGGCGGCGGCGGCGAAUCCGUUGGCAGCGUCUAUAUCACCGUUGACUACAUUAAGCCAAAUAUUCAGUGUCAACGGCCAGAGCUAUCUAAUAUUGCCGCUAAACGGCGAACCAUUAAACUCGGCCAACAGUUUUCCGCUACAAAAUCUUGUCGUCAAACUGACGGACAACGAAAGCAAAACCGUCGACAAACCGGACGGAAAACAUCUUUGUCUUCAACGUGAAGAACAGUCGUGUCAGACGGAUAUCGUUGCAAACGACCGGAAAAACGGUAGCAUUCGCUGCAAAGACGUUCAAAUGCAGACCAUUUCACGCGGYGGUGGCGGCGGAAGACAUCAACUCGCGGAACCAGUCGGUGAUAAUCAAAGAUAUAGAGAACAGUUGCAAAACUGUUCGCAAUCCUAUCAGUUGAUACAAUCGACAAGUAGUGCCACCGGAUUUGGUCAUCAAGUGAUGGCAAACAAUGGCUGUUCUGCUUCUUCUUCUAACGAAACUCAUGGAAAUAGUUUGGAACCGUUCGGUGUUGUCGUCGUCGUCGACAAACAAGAAGACAAUCAUCAGACAGUUGUUGAAACACUUAUCGAUCUGAACGAUAGCCAACCGACUGAUGGUCCGUCCACUUCGCGACAGCGAUCAACGGGUCAUAUGAAUGACACACAAAUCACUAGUAGUAGUAGUGGUGGACAAACAUUAGUGACCAUCGAUGACAACGACAGUCAAUGCUUCGAUAGUUUGCUGUCGGAUAACAACACCGUUACCACCGCUGUUGGCGAAGAUCACAUGCAUAUCAAUGACAACGACGAAGACGAUGUCGUAGACGUGGAUAGUCUGUCCGUUCAUCCGCCACGUUAUGAGGAUGUUAUACAAUGUUUCAGAAAUUACAACAACAAUAGUAUCGGUAGUAGUGGUAGUAGUAGUAGUGAUGACCAACAGAUUAUUGUCGAUUACGGCACUCUUUGAUUCAAAAAAAAAAAAAAAUUUAUACAAAACUUUUUAAAAACUUUUUUGUUUCAUUAAUUUAUUUACACAUUAUAUUUCAU